AGAAUUGAACCUGGGACCUCUGCAUGGCUGUCCGGCACUGUAACCGUUCGGCCACGGAGACCGUUUGGAUUUAUGUCAACUGUUUUUACUAUUUUUCAUUAUUUGGAGAUCUAAAUUCACUUAGGUCAUGUUUGUAAAAUGUAGACGAGACAACAAACUACCAUUGGCAUUAAGUUAACACUUAUGCAUGCUUAUUAACGCCCAAAUAUGUUUUUUUUAUUUAAUUUUGCAGAUAGUGGCAGCGAAUUCGACUGGAAAUCUAUCAAAGAUGAAGAUUCUGGUGUAAAAGUUGAAAUUACUGUCAACACUGGGAAAGCAACACAAAAUCAGGAUAAAAGUAUAAAAGUAUCACAAGACGGGAGAAAAAAGACUAGACCAGUUGUACUUAGAAGGCUCAACCAACUAAAUAAUUUUGUUACACAAAACGCGUCCGGAUAUUGUUGUAAAUAUUGCAACGAAAGAUCUUCGCGAAUUGCCAUCAUGUCCGACCAUAUACAAAGCGCACACAACAGAGAGUACUACGAAAACUUCUUUCAAAAAAUCAAAACUGAAGACGGCGUCGAGUUUACAUGUAAAGAAUGUGACGAGAAAUUCAUAAACAACAAAUUAUGUCACAAAAUACACAGUUGUAAAAAGAACAAAAAUUCACAAUGUGACAAAUGCGACAAGAUCAUACACGGGGGCCGGAAUGAUAUUCGUCGGCAUCACCGCCAUGACCACGGCGAUGUACCAUAUAAAUGCUCUUAUUGUGACAAAAGAUUCACAGAUAUGAGAUUUCUACGAGAACACGAAAACAUUCACACUAGACAAAAUGUGUUCAAGUGUGACAUUUGUUUAAAAGAAUUCCGUUACAAGCAAACAUUGAGAAGGCACAUUAGCUGGCACAAUGGAACUAACAAAAAAUACAUGUGCGAAGGAUGCGGCAAGUCGUUCAAUGAUGUAACUAAUUUAAAUAAACAUAGAGAUACUGUUCAUUUGAAGCUUCGGAGAUUCGCGUGUGACCAAUGCCCCAAAACGUUCACCGCUAAGAAACAUUUGAAGUCACACAUGUACACUCACACUGGGGAAACAUUCGCCUGUGACAUUUGUUCAAAACUCUUUAGGAACCGCUACUAUCUUCUUGCUCAUAAGAAAAUACACGAUCCCAAUAGGAAAUUCGAGUGCCAACAAUGCAGGAAGACAUUUAAUCGUCGUGGUGAAUAUGUUAAACAUUUAAGAGUCCACGCUGGAGACAGAGCUUUGCCUUACAAAUGUGGCUUGUGUCCCAAAUCUUUUGCUACUAAAUACACGCACAAGCGGCAUAUGGAAUAUCAUUUCGAUUUGAAAAAAUAUCCAUGUGACAUUUGUAACAAAAAAUUCAGCACUCGAGACGUUUUGCGGAAACACAAAAACACCGUUCACGAUCCAAAUAGAGACAACGUUGUGAAAACAAAAUGUGAAAUUUGCAAACAAAAUGUGACCGAUUUUGAUAAACACAUGGACCAGCACGUGAAUCGACCUUUGAAAUGUCAUAUGUGUCCCAAUACAUUUAAUCGUAAAGGCUCGUUAAAUAGACACGUUAAAACGCGUCACAUUAAUGUGAGUUCUGUAAAUUGUGAUGUUUGUGGUAAAAAAUAUCGUGGUGAACAUUGUUUGAAAAAACAUAAAUUAAAAGUGCAUAAAAUAGCAAUAAAAACUGAAAAUUAUGACAGUAUGGUGCCUGCGUUCGAAAUACCUAUAGAAAAUGAGAUAAAUAACAUUUAAAUUAAAUCGCUACACAGCAGUAAGGCCACCUGUUACACAAUAACUUACUUUUUUUUAUUAAAAAAUGUGUGCGCAUUUGACUUCCAUCUCAACUGACGAAAAGUGACGAUGAGGUCGACGAUGGAGCAUGCAUACCUAAAUAAUGCCUAUUUACUCUCGCCUUGAA